AUCGUUAAUGUGGUGCUUGGGGUAACAGCAGUGUGGCUGACAUCGUGUUGCCUGGGUCCUAGAGUUGACAUCCUUUGAGCUGCAGGAUGAUAUGCAGAAGAGACCAACUCGGCUUUCCAGCCUCACAGCAAUGUACUUUUAAAACAGAAAAUACCCCCAAAAUGAUCUUGAGGAAUGGGUGUCCAAAUCUGUUUCUAGGCAUCACAUGCCAACGCACAGGUUUGGGGGCCUGCUCUUCCAUGUUCUGUUUGGGAAACCUUGGCUGUGCGUGCUCUCUGCGUCGUGUUUUGUAUGUCCUGGGUGAACGGUGAUGGCUCUGUGAUAGGAGAAGGUGAAAACUGAUUUUCCCUUUCCUGUCUUUGUGCAUGCCACUGAAUACAAGCUAGCUGAUUCUUUCCAGCAUGUCUCAGUCAGCUGUAGCACACAUAUUACUGAGUGCAUGAAUCUUUUUAGAACCUUUAUGGGAUUAAAAAUUCAUGCUUGGGGAGGGGCCUUGUAAUUCUGAACUUUUUAACGCACAAAAUGAGCAGAUUGAAACUCACUCUUUCAUUUUAUCUUUUAGAUCGAGUCAUAUGUAGAGUGUUGUGAGUCUGUGAAGCACCUUAGCAGUUUCUUUCACUCUUCCUAGAAGGCCAGGUGUCACAGGAAAACUUCACGGUUUUGUUGCAAGAAUUAAGUGGCAUCCAGAAACGGCAGCUGAUUACCGACCUUCUGCUGAGUGGAUGGCAGCACCAUUAAAAAUGUCUCUUCCUUCCUGGAAAUUCAGCAAAGAGUUAGCGUUCCCAGGCUGCCGGAUCUCUUCCGUGUUAAUGGAUAAUAUUUGAUAUGUGCCCUGUAAAUCCUGCCCUGGGACUCUGUGACCGGUGGGGUGCCUGAUGCCUGUAAUCCCCAUUCCCCGCCGGGUCCGUUCGUUCCACGGCCCCCACACGACCUGCCUGCACUCGGCCUGUGGCCCGGUGAGGACCACUCACUUGGUGCGUACCAAGUACAACAAUUUCGACAUUUAUCUCAAAUCCCGAUGGAUGUAUGGAUUCAUCCGUUUCCUGCUGUACUUCAGCUGCAGUCUGUUUACCUCCAUCCUCUGGGUGGCACUCUCUAUCUUGUUUUGCCUUCAGUACCUUGGCAUCCGGAUCUUUCUGCGUUUCCAGUACAAACUCUCCAUCAUCCUCCUCUUACUGGGGCGAAGGCGGGUAGACUUCAGCCUCAUGAAUGAACUGCUCAUCUAUGGAAUUCAUGUGACCAUGCUGCUAGUGGGGGGGCUGGGAUGGUGUUUCAUGGUAUUUGUGGAUAUGUAAAUAAAACGCGCAUGUGGGCUGAGAAGGUGACUUUUCUUCUACCCCAAAAUGUGUCAAUAUCUUAUUUUCUUUUUUUUUUUAAUAUAUAUAAAUUAAUUUAUUUACCAGUGCUACUUUUUCUUGAUAAAAUAAUGUACUUGUCUCUGGAAUUUGUAUUUUUUUGGAGGUGCCAUUUUGAUUAUCGAAGGGCAACACUUCGGUGGUUUUUCUUUGCACAGUCCAAGUUAAUAUAAGUUUCUUCUAGUCAUAGGAGCCUACCUUGCUGCUGUUCCUGUAUUCCUAUGGGCAUGAAAAAGGCAGUGAUUUAUCUGGAGGACAGAAGCCAGAUAACUUUGCACCCUGUGCUCUUAAUCCAUCCACCCUUUUUUUCUAAAAAUGUUCCAUAAUGUCUCAGGAUGUACUGUGUAUCUUACUUGACCAGUGUUAUCCUUUCUCUCUAUAUUUUGAAUUUUGCGUAUUCCCUGCUAAGAACAGGGGGCCGAAUUCAAUUCAAUUCCCCCCGCAGUGGAAGGGGGGUUGCUGGUUUUUUUUUUCCUGUUUUGUUUUUAGGUUUUUGCAAGCCAUGCUUUUGACCCACUAUACUGUUCUGUUCACUUUAAUGUAAUUAUAUAGCUUUGAAUGGCUUUGUGCUUUUCAGGCAGUUAGUGCUGAGUAAUUGAGUCUUUCCCUAAUAGAACAAAUCCACUGGAGUGAUGGGAGCAGAGUUUGGUGUCAUGUGCUCUUGAAAUUCCCACUCAAGGCAAAUAUGUUAUCAUUUUGCAAUGAUUCAGGGGAGCCCAUUGCAGUGGUCUGUAGUGUUUAGACCUCGGGAGUUGGUUCUACUUUUCCCUGGAUUGAUUAGUUCCAUUUCUUUCACAGAGGUACUUCUGUCUUACGGAGUAUGGUAAGAUGAGGCUGUCUUACCUAGGAGAGACUGAAAGCAGAGUACAAUCUGAAAUGGCAAUAAUUGUUCUCUGCAAUUACAGAAAACAUUCUCUCUCCUGCCUCGGCAGCAGUGAGUGGGGUCACUGGAGAGCUUUACUAACAGCUCAAGAAGGGAGUUAAGCGUUAAGCUCCGUUUUAGUGGUCUUGAUUGAAAAAUCUCAGACUGUUCCUCUGCAGUCAGUCAAGUAACUCUUUAUUUAUGGAGUCCGGAAGCUGACCUAAAGUUUAUUUUUAUUCUGGUUUUGAUUGAUUGUUUUUCCUUACAAUGGAAUACUUCUCUUUUCCCUGUGUUCUUUAAAGAACUGUUUAAAAACAUGUUGAAAAAAAUGAUGGAGACCCUUUUUUCUUUUUUUCUCCUGCCCUGUAAAAUCAAUGGAGUUGAUCAUAACAGAAUAAGCCAAGACUGGAAAUACGUGACUGUUCUUUUAUCAUUUCUUUGGCCUGAGCUGUGAACGUGGUUGAGAAGAAAGCCUGUUUGCACACAGGGAAGGACGCUUCCCAUUUCAGCUUGUGAGUAUUGCAGUCCUUCGCUGACAUCCUUUGAUUUGUAGGCUUAUGGAUGCAAAAUAGAGAAGCUUCGCUCUGAAGCGCAAAGCUAAAGCAAACCCAGAAAUUAUCUCAUUAUCAAGUGUUACAGAUAACGCAGAGCUGAAUAAAUAACGAGCUAUGGUGGUGUGAACUUUAGAUUAGCCCCGCGAGGGCCAGAGACUGCUUCUGCAGGAAAAGAUGUAGUGUCAGCAUGUGUCACAAACCGGUGUCUGGAAGUUUCCUCCUAACUGUAGAGCUCCCCAGAGCCUUGUUCUGGGAUCGUUCUCUGGGCUGCAGGUCCUCAGUGUCCCCCAGGUUCGAGCUGCAGCAUUGCGCUGUAGGCAAAGGGAAUUCCCAGUAAUUCCCAACCCAGUGCUUUCCUCCCCAGUACAGCUGUCAGCCUGGGGCAUUGCAGCUCUGGUGUGCAGACUGCGGGACUCCUGGGAUAGCUGUGCUCAAGAAUUUCUGCAGCAAACAUGUUCCAGAUGGCCAGCAAACAGCCCGGGCGUGAGCCGAGAGACCGGCUGGGCCGCCAGCGAGGCGCAGCCGUCCCCUGCCCUUGGCAGGAGGCACAGCCCGGAGCCUGCUUGGGUGGUAGCACCUCGUUUCACCUUAGAGUGGCUAUUCCAGCGCUCAGAAUAAUGAAUAAAAGGGUGAUUUGGGGUACGCGUGGGCGCUGCUGCGCUCCCCACCCGUGCCUCCUUGAGCCGGUGGGUGCUCAUCGUGACACUCGACUGCUCGACCAGCCCUGUGGGAGUUUGGUGGAGGCUCCGAAGGAAGGAAAGGUCUAGGCUGUGGCAGGGUUGUGAACUUCUCCAGUUCCAACCUGUUCUUUGAAAACCCACACAGGAGCAGGGUGACACGGUGAGCUUUGAUGUGUGUGAGCUUGGAAACAGGAACACCGAUCAUGCGAUUAACACAUGAAUAGCAGGUGGUUCUUCCAAGGCUAAUUUGGUCAAGGAACAAAGGAGGCUGUGGGUACAAGGAGUCUCAUACUUACCUUUUCCAUCGCACGUAAUUUGACUAUGAGCCAACCACUUUAUUCCAUAAAUAUGACAGCCUGAGUGAGCUUUGUUUGAGCUCUCCCUGCUGAGCAGCUGGCCGUGUGACAGUGAUCUCCCCUUGAGCUGGGAUGCCUCUCGAGGUGA